AUGCCGGAGUUGUUAUACGAAAAUGAUCUUUCCCCACCCGCCUCUCUCAAAUCAUCGGGGGAGCACCACCAUCUCACCUUUGUUUCAGCACGCGCUUCUCAUGACUCGUCGGAUUCCCUACGGAACCUGGAGCUCUCGGAGGGACCUAUUGCAGAGAGAGGGCGGUCAAGAUCCUACUCGAUGACGGGCUUUGACUUCCAGCGCGACCUAUUACCCUUGAGCUCGAGUUUAAGUGAGCCGGAUACUACCUCUUUCGGAGAAAGUGGGGAGAAAAAUAUCACAUUGCUACAUGGGAUUGGACUCAUCGUCGGCCUUCAAAUUGGAUCAGGAAUUUUUUCCUCACCAGGAGUCGUAGUUGCGAAUACCCAGAGUGUGGGGGCUAGCUUGCUUGUAUGGCUUGUUUCUGGAUUGCUUGGUUGGACGGGGGCCAGCAGCUUUGCAGAACUAGGCUCCAGCAUACCAUUGAACGGUGGAGCCCAGGCCUAUCUCGCGUAUGCGUACGGACCACUUGUAUCCUACUUGUUUGCAUGGACAGCGAUCUCAGCACUGAAACCUGGUGGAAAUGCGGUCAUUAGCCUCAUCUUUGCAGAAUAUCUGAACCGGCUCGUGUGGCACACUGCUCAGGACGAGGUAGCACCAGAUGACAUGCCCCAAUGGGCCAUCAAACUCACUGCGGUGGCAGCAGUACUCGGCGUUUCUAUGAUUUGUGCAGGUACGCGGAAUUUGGGCACUAGGGCUUCUGUGGUGUUCACCACAGUGAAGGUAUGUUUGUUACUAAUAUUUGUGAUCGUGCUAGGGAUGAUACAACUUAUUCGGGGGAAAGCGUCAGAAUCAUUCUCUCAACCUUUAUUCGAGGACUCGAGUCAUAGUCCGUCGGCAUAUUCAUUAGCUCUUUACUCUGGGCUAUGGGCAUUCGACGGAUGGGAUCAGGCCAACUAUGUCGGAGGUGAAAUGAAGAACCCCGGCAAAGAUAUCCCAAGAGCCAUACAUUCAAGUAUGGCGGUUGUGAUGACACUUUUCUUAUUAGCAAAUGUGUCGUAUUUCGUGGUACUAGACAAAGUCAUUGUUGGUAUGAGCAACACGGUUGCCUUGGACUUUGGUCGAGCACUCUUUGGACCAGCAGGCGGUGUGGUUUUUGCUGUGAUGGUGGCCAUCUCUUGCUUCGGAGCGUUAAAUGGGAGUACCUUCACUUCUGCGCGCCUUAUUUGCGUUGCCGGACGAGAGGGAUACCUUCCUGCAAUGUUUGGUCGUUUGAACAAGUCGAGGCAAACACCAGUCAAUGCAAUCCUCCUCCAAGCAACCAUCACUAUUGUGUUCAUCGUGUUGGGAGGUGGGUUUCGGUCGCUGAUCAACUUCUCCGUUGUGGCGUCCUGGUCAUUUUUCUUCCUUACUGUUCUGGGGCUUGUUAUACUUCGUGUGAAGGAACCAAUGCUAGAAAGACCCUAUAAAACAUGGAUUGUGACCCCGCUGGUGUUUUGUGCUGUUGCGCUAUUUUUGUUGUGCAUGCCAAUUAUCGCAGCACCGCUAGAAGCUAUGGCAGUUUUAGGGUUCGUGAUGGCAGGGAUACCGGUGUACUAUUUGACGAAUCCGAAUCGUGAUCAAGCCAGUUUGCCUGCCUUUCUUGGCUUUUUCAGUACUUGCAUUGCUAGAAUUAGAGGGCAGACGUCCGUUGGCACGGGGUGGGUAGCGGUGGCCACGGAGGGUGACGAGGUGGAGAUGCUUGAUAAUCGGACAUGA